AUGAUAGGAACUACGAAUGAAGUGAACAAUAAUGAUAAGCGUAAAAGGAAAUUCGUUGAAGAGAAUAAAAACCAUUUUCACAAAAAAUAUAAUAGGCCAAAUAAAAGGAACAGCUUUGGAAAUAAUGGAAAGAGAAAAGGAGGAGGAGUAGAAGAAGGAGGAGGCGGGGGAGGAGGAGGAACCCCGUUCUACAACGAAAAUAGCAAAUACAUAUUUGAAGGAAGUGUGAAAAUAAAAAACAAGAGUAACCACAUUUUUUACAACAAGGCCCAGGUGUUUAAUCGUGACAUGAGCAUUAUUUUGAUAAAAGCAUUAGAAAUAUAUUUAAAAAAUAAAAAUAAGGACAACGGAAAAAUCCUAUUCAGAGGAUUUAACGUCGUCGAGUUGUUAAGUGCAAGCGGAAUAAGGAGCAUAAGGUAUGUGAAGGAAUUAAGAGAAACCAUAAACCACAUCAUUGCAAAUGAUAUUGACAAAUAUGCCUGUAAACAGAUAAGGAGAAAUUUCAAAAGAAAUCAAAUUAAUAAGGAGAAGUAUACAAUUCUAUGUAAUGAUGCAAAUAGCGUUAUGAACAUCCUUAAUGUGGACAAUAUUUAUUCGAAGAAGAGAAACACCAAAAAAUUGGAUGUCGGUUUUACCUACGUCAACAGCAUUACCGAUUAUAAUGACUACUUUAAGGAAGCUUUGAAGUUUUUAAAAUAUAUAACGAAUUACAAUAGAGCCAGGGGCAACAACGAGGUUAAGGAGGACAAUCGCAUUGACAACCCCCCGCACCAUAAUAACGGUAAUAAACACGGUAACAACGGUAGGAGUAACGUAGGCUCGAAAGGUAAACCUAUUGAGGAUCACCAUCAUUUGGAGGACAGUGACUCCACUGCGUUCUCCAGCAAUGAGGAGGACUUCACCAAAAUUGAUAUGCUGGACGAGGCGCACGAAGGAGCGGUGUACGCGGAAAGGGCAGAAGGGGCAGAAGCGGUAGAAGCGGUAGAAGCGGGGAGUGGCUCCGUGCAGGGGGCAGCAAAUGGGGGGGAAGCAAAGGGGGAGGAAAACAGUAGAAUGCACAGCGGAGCAAACAGUGGAACGCACAGCGGCGAGACGAACCCCUUGGGGGCCACGCAAAACUCAGGCGAGAAAACCCCCCUGAGCGAAAGCAUGAUGGAUGAAAUUAUCCAAAGGAGCAAACUCACGGAAAGGUACAUGUUCGAUAUAAUCGACAUAGACCCUUACGGAUCGUCCAUAGAGUACCUGGAAAGCUGCCUAAAAUAUGGAAGGAGCAAUUUCUUCAUCUUAAUAACCAACACAGAUAUGAGGGUAUUGAAUGGAAAAUUCCCAGACGUUUCUUUUUACAAAUACAACAGCAUGAUAUUUAGCAAGAGAGUUCAUUACAAUAAGGAGUAUAGCAUAAGGGUGUUGUUUUACAAAAUAAAAACGAUCGCCUCGAAGUAUAAGAAAUGUGUUAUUCCAUAUUCGUCACUUAACAUUGAUUUUUACAUUCGCAUCUUAGUACAAGUCAUCGAUGAUGCUUUGCAGACAAAGGACCUCUGCACCGAUAGUGGGAUGGUUUACCAAUGCAACAAUUGUUCCAGCUUUUAUAUCAACCCCUUGGCGUCGAAAAAGGAUAGGAAUAUGGCAGGAGCGGAUAAUAGGAGGUGCUACAAGAGGUGGAGACAGAACAAGCAUAAGGAGGGGGAGAAGAAGGAGGAGGAGGAAGUCCACGUGGUAGGAGAUUCUCCAAAUGCACAGUUAACCCAUUCGAAUGAUACUAAUAAGCAUGCUCAUGGAAAGGAAAAAGCCCCAGGUGGAGACCUUGCGGAUGACGCGACUGAUGGGGAUACGGCGGAGAAUGUGGAGGACGGGGAUAACACGGCUGACAAGGUACCAUAUGAUAACGCGCUAGGGAAUGAAGAAAAUUUUGAACGACAGACCAAUGGGGAGGACGCGGACAAUAUGGAAAAUACUGAGCACAGCGAGCACACUCAAAAUGCGGGAGAGGUGGCUGGCAACGCGGCUGGAAACGCGGCAGGAAACGCGGCAUGUGACAUAGCUGGUAACACUACCGCCGACGCGACUGCCGACGCGACUGGGGGGCCAUCCCCCAAGGGCCGAGCAACGCAGAGCAAUCCCGCCAUAGCGAAUAAAUACAAAAGCAGCAAAUUGACCAUUUCCAACAAGUGCGCGGAGUGCGGAGGAGAAAUACUGAUAGGCGGCCCCAUCUACAUCGGAAAGUUGCACAAUGUUGAGUUUAUCCACACGUGUAUAUCGUUAUUGGAAAAUUUGCAAGACUACAAUUUAAACACCAUAAAAUCGAGGGAUAGAAUAUUAAUAAAUUUUAGGUGCCUAAAGCAGGAAAUAAACAUCCCAUUGUAUUAUAAUUUGCCAGACCUGUUUAGAAAUUUUAGACUUUGCUCCAUCUCUAGAAAGCUGUUCGUGAAUGCAUUGCUGAAUUUGAAUUAUGAAGUUUCGUAUUUCCACAAGGACCCAGAUAGUGUCAAGACAAAUGCUCCUAACAGCGUCUUUAUGGACAUCUUUCGUGCCAUUAUUUAUAAAGUUAAUUCCAAAAAGAGAAUUCCAGAUGCUGUGGAAACGAAGAAGGAAGAAUUGAGUACUCUGAGUGGUAAGAAAAACGAAGCCACGGAAGAGAGCCCCAAAAAAGUAUAUUCCAUAAAUACCAUAAAGGAUGAAAAGUUGAGGGAGAAACUUUUGUCGUAUGAAUUUUUUAAAAAAAAUUCGACCAUUGACAAUAUUGACAUUUCUGUCAAUCGUAAGGAAAAUGCUGAUAAUGUGAAGCUGUUCACUUUGCUGAACCCCGAGCCUUUUUGGGGCCCCAUGAAGAAGCACUAUGAGAAGAGCUGAGGCUUCGCCGAGUUGUUUCCAUUUUUUGUAGACGCCGCUCAUUUUGCAGUGCGCGUUUUGCAGUGCGCGUUUUGCAGUGCGCGUUUUGCAGUGCGCGUUUUGCAGUGCGCGUUUUGCAGUGCGCGUUUUGCAGUGCGCGUUUUGCAGCACUCAUUUUGUAGUGCUCAUUUUGAACCGCAAACGUUUCUCAACACCGCUGCUUUUGCAGCCCCCCCACUUCGCUCAGCAGCCGUUUUGCUGCUCCCACCUUUGCAACGCGCCCCUAUGAUGUAGUGCGCCCAUUUUGCGGCGCGCCCAGUUGGUUGUGUGUCCAUUUCGCAGUAUGCUUCUUUUGUAGUACCACGCCUGUUUUGUAACACCACGUCUGUAUCGUAGUCUGUCUCUUUCCAACUGUAGGGUAUAUUUUUAUUGUCCCUCAAAAAAAUUCCUCGUACUUCAACGCAAUCCAGUACACUUUUGUUCUUUUCUCUGAAUUUUUUUCCACUUUUUUCUACAAAACGGGGUGUAUUUGAUUGUACUGUUUCAAUUUACAAUUUGUAUAUAACCAUUUUUAAAUAUGUCAUUCUAUAUUUUUGAAUACCUUUACAUGUAUUUUUAGACAUGUUUAUAUAUAUCUUGUUUAAUAUUUGAAAUUACGCAAAAUUCUGUGUAUAAAAGCAUCCCUCUUUAGUAACUCCAGC